GAGAAAGGGGACGAUAAUCACUUAUUUCACAGACCUACAUAUCCACUCCACAAAUAUGGUACAGUGGCGAAAAAAACGAAGGUUGCUCAUGAAAAGGUUUGUAUAAAAUGAUCUGAUAUGCGGUGUCAAGAGGCGUGGAUCCACGGGAGAAUUUCUUUGGCAAAUUGAAGAACAUCGGCGCUCCAGCACCACCUAGGAGGACAGGCAACAACGAGGACUUUGGGUGGAAACAGCAGGGAGUUUGGCAAGAGGAUGAGGAGGAGGGUGACAUGUAUGAAGUCCCUCCCUGCGAGCGUCCAGUUGUCACAGUCCCGCCGAGGCAAGUCGAAGAGAACGUUUAUAUAGAACGAACCCCGAGUGAUGCAGUCCCACGACGGCCGGCUGUGCCCACAUCAAGACCGGGUGGAAAACCUCAGAAGCCUCAUCAGCAGGCUAAGGAGUUUAACGGCAAGAAACCUCCUGAGGUGGACAGAAACGAGAAGCCUGGCAGGAAAAAGAUGGUGCCGCCUCCUGCUCCCUUUCUUACGUCUACCAUUGAGGAAGAUGUAUAUUUGGAUCCAAAUGAAGAACAGAGGGCUAACGACGACCUGUAUUUAGAACCAGCAGCUGCUUGCCCUCCGACCCCCCGGGGCCCAAUGAGAAUGUCAUCAUCCACCAAGACGUCACUGACGCAUUCGCCCAUAAUGAAGCCUCCGCUUCCAAGAGCAAAGUCAAAUUCUCUCCUGCCUUCCUUAACAGAGGUAAAAUCAGGAAGACCCGUCACCUCCAAACUGCCCUCACCAGCGGAAGGUUUUAAGCCCCCUCUGCCAGCCAGUCGAAAGGACAUUAUGCUCAGCCAUGCAAAUCCCCACAUGCUGAUGACUAAGCAUGCAAUCUCUGGUGGCGGGAGAACAACCAAACAAUCCGGGAAUGAGGACAAAGAUUGGUUUGCUGGUGAUUGCAGCAGGCAAACAGCAGAGGAUCUCUUACGGAGAGUCAAUAAGGUAUUGUAAUACUUUCAUGUUUCAAGGUCUUGAGGGACCACAUGCAUGACUGCGUUUUUUUUUAAGUUUGGGGCAACUUUGC